UUAGAUAUCAGGUAGAAUCGUUUGCCGUCAGUCAUACACACAGGUCACGAGUUACCUUUUGGACUCUUGAUCAGACAAUAACAGCAACAACAGCGAUAUAGAAGUGAUCCAAGACGUUGGACAACAAAAGUUUGAAACUUUGGCGUUGUACGUUACACUACCCAUGGAUACUCCGAACUGUGAUGGCUCGCGAAGCUACGAAUCGAUUUAUUCAAGGAGUGGUCAGUACCCCAGAGACAGAGAAGUACACCAUAACGCCGCGUAUGACUCAACUCACGAUUAUGAGGAAUUACCAAGUGUAGGGGUGGAAAGUAAAGAACAAGGCCCUAGACGUAAAGACAAUGAUUUAUAUGAACCAACCGGGCCUCUGAAGCAGCGCGUGAGACAAAUCACUGAAUGUUCAGACGAUUUAAGCGCACUGUCAGUGUGCAGUGCAAGUGGCUUCCCUUCUUGGAAGAAAGACAGCUGUCUAAGCAAAUUAAUACUCUUCCUUAUUCUUGCCUUUUCUGUAGCAGCGCUUGUAUUAGUGAUUUUAAUUAUUUACGGCACAUUGGGUCCAAAGUGUGGCUGCAAAGAUUUCAACACAGGAACCAAGCCUGAUACACCGAGACCAGAAAUGCAGAGUUCUGUGCAGAGCUUGCUGAGCAGAAUUGAGGCUUUAGAAAAUGAGAUGUCAACCAUGAAAAGUAAAAUGGAGGCGAAAGAUAACGCAUUGGAAAAUUUUGUCACGAGACAUGAGAGUCAGGUUGAAGUUCUGCAGAACCAAGUCAACAAGACUGCGACCAAGGUUGCCACUGUGGAUAGUGUUUGGGUGAAGAUGCACAGUUCACAUGAAGCCUUUGAGAAAAAAUUGGAUUCUGAAUUCAAACAACUAAACGAGUCCGUAAAGAAACUGACUAACCAAGAUACUCGGAUAUCAUCAGAUGUGGAGGAACUUCGAAAAAAUCAGGUGAUAACAGAGAGGAUGAGCGAAAGGUUAGCGAUCAAUGUUACCAAUGUCGAGUCUUCUGUUCGAGAACUGAGGAAGACUAACAUCAGCAGCCGGGUGGCGAGUCUUGAGAGAGGAUAUACCCGGAUGAACAACGCGAUGAGAACACUUCAAGCAAUCGAUACUGCGCAAAACGCUUCACGGCAACGACUUCAUUCCCUGCAAAAACGUUUACGAGCCUCUUUGACGGCAGUGAACGCAACGUUAAAUGACAAGAUAAAAAAACUGGAUGCCAUUAGCGACAAGCAGCAAGGCGUAAACCUUAGCCUGUGUAAAUACGAAUCUUCUGAGGGUACUCCGAACACAGUUAAAGCGAAUUCUGGUUCAAGCUCAGUCUCCUACCUGUUGCCACAGGGUAUGCGAGUAAUGGGUGUCACUUGUUCUACAGAUAAGGCAAGAUUUUACACAUUAGAAGAGCUUCCGGGUAAUGGCUUCAAGUGCGUGUGUAAACAUCUGUCCCCUGUGUUUGGGACGGGUGGGACGACUGGAACUCAGAUGUGGUGUAAAAUACACGUAUGGCAAUGUCCUAUAUGA